AUGAGUGAAGUAUCAGCAGAAUAGAUCAAGCAAUCCCAAAGAGAGGAAGAUGUCCAACAUCAAGUUAAUUAAGUUUCUGAACCUGUGAAUCAGGUUUAAGAAUAAUAGCACUAGGAGGAAGAAGAAAGAAAAGAAAGUACUAUUCCAUAGCAAAUUCAAAAUGAAUAAUUAUAAGCUAUUAACUAGCAAGUUUAAAAUCUAACUUUAGAUUAGUAGCAAACAAAUUCUCAGUUAAGUCCUAUUAAAGAGUUUAAUCCAGAAGAAUUUAAAUAAUAGCAACAACAAAUUACUCAAAACAAUCCUAAGGAAAUUACUAUCCCUAGCGAACCAAAUACAACAAAUAAUUAGAUUUAUGAAGAAACAUAAUCAGGAAGUUAUGUUUUUAAAGGUCAUGAUUAGCAAAAUUAAAAUUAUCAUCAACAAUAUUAGCAAGAUUAAGGCAGAUACAAGGAAUAAUGGAGUGAAAUUUACGAACAUGAAAUGAUAGCACAUUCAUCUAUGGACAGAAAGAGAUAAAAUUUGGAAAUGCUUCGUGAAUGGGAUAGAAAAAGAGCUUACUUUUUGAACAUUCAUCGUUCUCUUAUCGAAAGUAUUAUUGCAUAAAUCGAUAUUAAAAUGCAAGCUUCAAAUUAGUUUAUGCAAUUUAUUAUCCACUAUUUCUAAAACAAGGCAAAGUAAGAAUUGUAAUAUGCUCGCUAACCUAUCCCUAAGCCCGAAGCUGCUUUAAUGAACAAUGAAUUAGCUAAAAAUAUCUAUGGCCAUUUAAAGAAAGGACUUUAACUUCUUGAUGAUGCUAACUUUGAACAUGCUAAAAAAGUAUCUUAGUUUGCAUACACUAUCGAACAUGAUAUACUUGAAGAACUCCUUAUGGUUGACUACAAUUAAUCAAUAGCAAGUCUUAGCGCUCUUGUCAACGAAAUUAAUCUGCUAAAACGCUAAAUGUCUCAGUUGAACGAAGUUACUUCUAGAAAAAGUGGAAAAGUAGCUUAAGUUUACAAUAUGUCAACACCAAAAACUGGCUACAAAAAGAUAACAACAAAACCAAAAGAUCUUUACAGAACUCAACUUAAUUUCUUAAGAAACGCUGAAAUUCAGACAGAAACCUAAAGGAAGCUUGCCCGUGCUGUGCUAUAAUUCUGGGAAAGCUCUAAGGAAAUAGAAAAAAAUCGUGGAAAAUCUAUCGCUAAAGCUCUCAAACUAUUUUAAGAAUAGUUCGUACUGUGUUAUGGAGAAAAUACUUAAAUUAAAGAGUCUGUUGAAUUCUUAUCAAAUGGAUUUAGUGAAGAAAAUAUAGAUGAGUAGUUUUCUGUAUAAAGUAUCUUUAAUUAAUAAGAUAUGGAAUUUUUGACAGAAUAACUCGUGAAAAAAGAGGAAAAUCCUUUAGCUGAAGGCGAAAAGCCUAAGCUCAGCUACAACGAAAUAAUUCCUUUCUUUGAAAAUUUUGUUGUAGAAAAAUUUGACAAUCGUAUGCUCAUAUUGAAAGACUUAAAGACUCAAAGACUAUAAGGAGGAGCCUAAAAUUCUUAGUAUAGAGACUCGCAUUUAGUUAUAACUGCAGAUAAUUACCUACAUUGCUUUGAUAAUACUGAAAUCACCUCAUAAAAGCUUGCUAAUUAUUUCUAAAAGCCUAAUUUCACUCUUUCUCUCAAUAAGUGCUUAUUAAGAAGAGUCAGUACUUAAAAUUUCCUAGUUGAGCUAUCUAUUUAAUAAUCUGGCUUCCUCAAUUACCUAUAAGGUUCAGAGAAAUUUUUCUUCAACUUUAGAAAUAGUGACGAGAUAGAAGAAAUGGCUUAAUUUAUAAAUUCUUUAAAUUGA